GAGGCUGAGGUAGGAGUGGAGAGAGAAUGGGAGCAGGGCCAAGGGGCCCACACAGGUGUAGGCCUGGCCCCUGCCGGCCCAGUGUCCUCCCUGAAGCGGCGGGACAUCCUAGGAGAUGCGCGGGUCCAGGGGCCCUGCACCUCAUCAGGCUGGCGCCUCCUGCGUGCCCUUGACGGCAGGAGAACUCUCCAGAUCCAGCUGUUGCAGGAUGUCGAUGACAGACUUGCUCAACGCUGAGGACAUCAAGAAGGCAGUGGGGGCCUUUACCGCUGUCGACUCCUUCGACCACAAAAAGUUCUUCCAAAUGGUUGGCCUGAAGAAAAAGAGCCCAGAUGAUGUGAAGAAGGUAUUCCACAUCCUGGAUAAAGACAAGAGCGGCUUCAUUGAGGAGGAGGAGCUGGGAUUCAUUCUGAAAGGCUUCUCCCCAGAUGCCAGAGACCUGUCAGAGAAAGAAACCAAGACGCUGAUGGCUGCUGGAGACAAGGACGGGGAUGGCAAGAUUGGGGCUGACGAAUUCUCCACUCUGGUGGCUGAAAGCUAAGAGGCUCUGACUGCCCAGGUCUUCCCCCUCUGGCCCCGAACACCCGAUCUCAGCCCCUCUGGCCGCCUUCCUGCCUUUCUGUUCAGUUUGUUUGUGUUAUUUUUUACUCCCCCAUCCCUUAUGGCCCCUGGAUGACACCAUUCUUCUGGAAAAUGAUGGAGAAACAAUAAAGGCUGUACCAAUCGGA